GAACAUCCAGCUGGGCUAGGCCAUGAAAUUGUUAUCAAAAUAUAUCUUAUACACAAACACCAACACAUGUCCUACCUUUGUUAAAAUUGUAACGUAGAGGAUGGAGCAUUUUGACAUGGUCAUGGAGGAGAUUGGUUUUGGAAAGGUCCAUUUGUUUGCUAUACUAACUCUCGGCUUGCUCCAGAUGCUAACUAUUCACGAGACAAUGGGCAUGGGAAUCGUGGGUCCUGCCUCUGUGUGUAAUCUGCAAAUGACCCCGAUGCAGUUGGCUGCACUGACGGCAGCUGCGUUCGAGGGCAUCGUGUGCUCCUCCUACUUAUGGGGCUACAUCACCGACAAGAUGGGUCGACGCUGGACGCUCUUGCGUACUAUUUCCUUAAGCACCGUUUGCUCACUCUCUUCGAUGUUCAUGGCUACCUUUUCGGGCUUUUUUCUUAUGAGGUUUUUUACUGGAAUUUUUGUGGCUGGUCCCAGCUUCGUGGCGGUCACCUACCUGUCCGAGUUCUUCCCCAGUCGGAUUCUAGGUCAUGUUGUCACCCAUAUGUACAUGUUCAACGGAUUUGCCAUGAUCUAUUGCCCAGCCAUGGCAUCAUUAUUUCUCAAUGCAAACAUUAUGGACUUCGAAGUAUAUAUACUUUAUAGUAAUCUUUCCCUGCGGCCCUGGCGUAUCUUGGGCUGCAUAUUCGUCCUGCCUGGGCUGCUUGCUUUUUUGUUGGUCCUGGUCAUGCCAGAGAGUCCAAAAUUCCUCUUCAUGAUCGGUGAUAGGGAGAAAGGUCUGAAAGUCAUGGAGUGGAUAAGUCAAACGAACAACAAGUGCGCUCUUACUCCUGAUCAGAUAUUCGAGCUGAAACAGUUUCAGCGUUAUGCACAGGUGAAGCGUCAGAAAUCGGAUAAAACCAUAGUACGAGCGAUGAUGACUGACGCUAUGCCAUUGUUCCGAAAGCCGUAUGUGCGCACCGUUUUGGCCGCAUGCGUGGUCAUGUUUAUCCUGGGACUGAUAGCCAACGGCGUGGGAAUUUGGUAUACGGCGAUGCGCAAUCGCAACCACAUGCGGCAAGGAAACUUGACCGAUAUGUCAUUUUGCCAAAUCCUCUUCGACCUUGACCUAGGCCCAGUUUUGGAGACCGAAAGUGACAUUAAGAUAUGCAAUGAUGAUUUUAAAGGCUUUAACGACUCAUUCAUCAUGGGGUUCCUCAACUUGCUCCUGUACAAUAUCUGCUGGUUAUCCUUCUACAUAGCGCCAAGAAGGGCAAUAUUCAUCAUCGCAUUGCUCAUCUGUGCUACAAGCGGAUUUAUUUUGAUCUUUGCGACCAAUCCAUGGGUGCAGCUCUUAGCGUGCAUUCUUUUUCUUUCGAUUCCCGGGGUAAUAAUUAGCCUUUUGGGCGGAGCUCUGUUGGAGAAUGUGCCCACUUACCUGCGCGGCAGGGCGAUGUGCAUCUGCCUGAUGUGGGCCCGUUGUGGUGCUGUGGUUGGCACCACAGUAACCGCAUAUUUCUUUGAAACGUACUGCGAGGCAUUCCUGCUGGCGCUGGCAUUGUUGCCCUUUAUUUCCCUUUGCAUUGAAGGAUUUUUGCCUUUUAAAAGAUAAUCAAACAAAUGCGAAUCAAUCAACAGUGAAUUCUAUUUAAAUAAAAAUUUGAGUAGUUUUUCUUUUCUAUUGGAUCUUGGAUUGGCUUUGGAAUCUUAAGCUUAAAAAUUAAUUUGAUGUUUAUACGGAAAACGCAAAAUGGCGAAAAUUUGGGAAUGGGCUAUGGACGAUAUUCGUAUCCUUGAAACAAUGGGGAAGAACAUCAGUUCCUCUUACUUUGGGGAGAACACUCGUUCGUGCCACAUUAUGCUCAGUCACCUCCAUGUUUAUGAUAAAAUUCGCAAGCUUCUUCUUUAUGAGGUUUUAACCUGGAAUUUUUCGCCGCCAGCAUUUCGAGUUAUUUGCCACUUUGAAGGAAUGAAUUCAAUUGAUAAAUCCCAAAUCAUAAAUAUAUGAAAAUUUCCGAAAGUAACCAGCGAAAUCAUAAUUCAAGGAUCUUGACAAUUUUAUAAAUGUAUAAUGUAUUUAUAAUAUACGUGAUU